CGGGGUCGUUGCCUGGCUCCUCCUGCCUCUAGGCUGCUGCGUCACUCGGGCCGAGGUGCGGCCCGAGGAAAGAGAAGGAGGAGAACGCGCUCCUGCCCGGACCCCCCCGGGAGAGGAGGGGGAGGAAGACACCGAGCCACAGUGAGGGGAAGAAGAAGAGGAGGAGGAGCCGGGGGAGGAAUCUGAGGGGACCCUGGGGUUCUUGUUAAAAUGUGAUGGAGGGACGAGAGCCCCCGACCCGACCUAGCCGCACCACACCUGCCAGCCCCAGAGUGACCCCUGCUCUGGUGAAACGGCCUCGUUUCCAGACUCUUGCACGUUUUUGGGAGGGGCAAGAUGUUCUAGCUCGGUGGACAGACGGACUUCUCUAUCUGGGAAUCAUCAAGAAGGUGGACAGUGCGCAAGAGACGUGUUUAGUUCGCUUUGAAGACAACUCCCAGUUCUCUGUGCUUUGGAAGGACAUCUUCCCCCCUGCUGUGCCAGGGAAGGAGCAGUUGUGCUGCGUGUGCAGUUCCCAGGCCUGCACCUCGGACAACAAACUCGUGCACUGUGGGAAGUGCAAACACGCUUAUCACCAGGAAUGCCACGUCCCCAGUGUUCCGUGCGAUACAGAUAGUGCCGGGAGUUCCUGGAUGUGCAGGCAAUGUGUCUUCGCAGUGGCUACCAAGAGAGGCGGUGCUCUCAAGAAGGGCCCCUACGCACGCUCCAUGCUGCACAUGAAGCUUUCCCUGCCUUACCAGUUGAAGUCUUUAGAGUGGGAUCCACUGCACCUAACCAAUAAACAGCAGUGUUACUGCUACUGCGGGGGGCCUGGAGAAUGGAACAUGAAAAUGCUUCAGUGUUGUCGCUGUCUACAGUGGUUCCAUGAGGCUUGUACACAGUGUCUGAGCAAACCCCUUUUAUACGGAGACAGGUUUUAUGUGUUUGAGUGCUCGGUGUGUACAAGAGGUCCAGAGAACGCCUGGAGGCUUCCCCUGGGAUGGGUGGAUGUGUCGCACCUUGUCCUGUAUCACCUCAGCAUUUGUUGUAAGAAGAAAUACUUUGAUUUUGAACGGGAAAUCCUGUCCUUUGUGAAUGAGAACUGGGAGAGCCUGCUAGUGGGAGAUCUCACAGACACCCCUCGCUCAGACCGGUAUUCCCACCUGCUCCACGCACUGACAGCUCAGAAGGACAGGUUUAUCUCUGGGAAGGAGAUUAAGAAGAAGAAGUGUCUAUUCGGGCUACAGAGCCGUGUACCUCCUCCUGCCCCACAGACGACGGUAACCGAGCUGAGACUACAGGAGACAGACGUAAGAGGGUCCACUCCUUCUGUAAGUUCCCUUUCAGGGAGGAUGGGGGUCCCGAGACGCCCCCCACACAGAAGGAAGAAGCUGAGCAUAAAGCAGCGGACGCGGAAGGAGAGGCAGAAGCUGCAGAAAGCUCUUACCCAGGAUGUGGUACAAAAUCCAUUUAGUUCUAACCAGAGGUACCAGGGAUACCGCGGUAGCACCUACAACUUCCGACGCACAGGAGCACGCUGCCUACAGAGCCCUCCAAUUCGGAUGUUCGCCUCUUUCCACCCAUCUGCAAACACCUCUGGGUCUGUGGCCGCUUCUCUGCAGUCCAGCGAGAUGUCUCCCGCAGUCUCAGAAGUGUCCCCACUGCUCUCCGAAGUAUUGGAGUCAUCCAUCCCUGUUGCUGAACCCGCCUCUCCAAACAAUCCCCGGUCCUCUCCUCCUGAUCCCUCGUCCUCGUCCUCCUCAGAGGGUUGUUGCUGGUCAGAGACUGUAGAGCAAGGCAACCGUGUGCUGGCCCGCAGGGUCACUCCACAGGGGGCCAUUCAGUAUUUGGUGGAGUGUGAAGAUGAGAACAUCUUCUGAAUGCUCCGGAUGAUGGUGAGGGAGAACCAGAAGGAUAACGCGCUCUGCUCCAUGUGCUACCUGCGAAGAAUCCCCAUCUUGGCUUACUGUACAUACAGCUCUACAAGGAUAAUCCUGAACUAUAUGUACACGCGUGUACAUAGCCGUGUUUGUGCUUCUUGUCCUGUCACGUGUUUAUACAGUGUCAGCUCCGGAAGGUUGCGUUACAUUACAGUGGGACAAUUUGCUGAUUUUAAGGAAAUCUGAUUUUUUUUUUUCCCUUUGUUGUAUCUAAUCAUUUACUAUGUGGGAUUGAAGGUCCGAUGUUCUGUCUGUUCAAGGAUCUGGUGUAAGAUGAUGUCUGUAUGUUGAAUGAUCAUGCGGGUUCUUGUCUGCAAGAAUCUCCAUGAAAGAAACACAUACAUGUCUGUCCGGGGUUAUUAAAAAAGUGAGAUCAGUUUC